AUGGCAUGUAUUGUCUAUUUUAGCCCAACAGACCUCGUGAAUUUGUCUCUUGGCUACGCUAUCAUCGAGUUUAAUGGCACUCCUGAAAAACCAAGACUUUCAGUCUUCUGCUCAGAUAGACAGUUGUAUGCUACACUAGUAGAUGACCAGAAUAAGAAGUGCUUGUUUUAUGGGAACACUCUGCAAAAAUCAAUCCGGGGUGAUCCACCUUGCAGCACUGUAGAAGCAGCGGAACGUGUUGGUGAGAAACUAGUGCAGACUUGUGUUGAUCUCAAUAUAAAUGAAAUUUCGUCUUAUGAUCGCAAUGGUUUUGCUCGAGGAGAAAGAAUGCAAGCCUUUGAGAUUGCCAUUUCUCGACAUGGUUUCUUGUUCAAAUAGUUCUUCUUUUCUCUGUGUAUCUUGUAAAGCCUUAAAGGAGUUUGAAGCUCUUACCUUUUAAAAAAGUUGUAUAUCAUUUGCGGUGGGAAAUAAUUUAGAAUUUAGACAUUGGGUGUUCUAAAAUCCAAGAGUUGGUUUAAUUUAAUUCUAUCUAUACUUCUUUUCUUUGCA